AUGCCCCCGACCAGCGACACGUAUAGCGAUAUAUCCUCCGACCUCUCUUCCAUUUCCGAAUGCUCCGCUUCGAGGCCCCCACCGGCGUCUCCGACGAAAGCUAGACAGCGCCCUGAGUCCUUGCGGCUCCAUUCCAUCGGUGACAAUCCUAGCGAAAUUACUGGGAAGCUUCUCAAAUCUGUCCGAAGGUCGGGCAAGCAUCCAGCGAUAACAAUGGAGUUCUCUGAUCACACAACGUAUCAAGUACUCGUCGAUGGAUAUGAUCCACAAUACCCAGGAGUUCCCAAAGAGCUAGAAAUGGACGAGCUCUUCUACGAGCUUCUGGAAUUGCCAAAUGGCAAACUACCAGAGCCUUUAGCCAUAAUCGACUGUGUGUUUGUCACUUUGACAGACAAGGCGUUUGAGCGGAAGCACAUCCACAUCAAUGAUUGUUGGGAGGCAAAGGAGUCCCGAUGGGACCAAAAUCAUUUAGGUUUAGCGUUCAAGCUAGCUGAAGACACCCCACGCUGGCGUUGCGUGUGGGCAACGAUGUCAGAUUAUGACCCAGCAUCCGGGAGCGCUAUCUUCCGCAGUUACGACGAUGUAUAUUUGAAGAAGUUACAACGGUCAUCUCGCACUGACGCUCGGCAUCGAAGGAAGCCCUCUUGGGCCCGACCCUAA